CGAUGCUGACCCCUUAGAUCCUGCUCCAGCUGCGCCGAGGGAAGAGGGGGCGCCCCUCCCCGGACCCCCGCCCUCCACCGGGUGGCCCCUUUUUUCCUCCUCCUCUCGGGGGCUGCUUCACCGAAGGUAGCGCCCAUUCGGGCAACCGGAGCCUGGGCGCGAAGGGAAGAAGCCGGAACAAAGUGAGGGGAAGCCGGCCGGCUAGUCGGGGAGCCCCCGGGAACCCAGGGGAAGCGGGACUCUCGCCAGGCGGGGCUUCCCUGGGACCCGGCGCCCCGCGGGCAGCAUGCCCCUGAGGGCAGGGGGAGCUGAGCUGAACUGGCCCUCCUGGGGGCUCAGCAAGCUCUCUAGAGCCCCCCACAUGCUCCCCCACCGGGGUCCCCCGGUUGUGUGAGGACACCUCCUCGGAGGGGCUCCGAUCGCCCCUCUUCGGACCCCCGGGACCCCAGCUGGCCAGAGGAUGGAUGAGGAGGAGGAUGGAGCGGGCGCCGAGGAGUCGGGACAGCCCCGGAGCUUCACGCAGCUCAACGACCUGUCUGGGGCCGGGGGCCGACAGGGGCCGGGGUCGACGGAAAAGGACCCGGGCAGCGCGGACUCCGAGGCGGAGGGGCUGCCCUACCCGGCGCUGGCCCCGGUGGUUUUCUUCUACUUGAGCCAGGACAGCCGCCCGCGGAGCUGGUGUCUCCGCACGGUCUGUAACCCGUGGUUCGAGCGAGUCAGCAUGCUGGUCAUUCUCCUCAACUGUGUGACUCUGGGUAUGUUCAGGCCGUGUGAGGACAUUGCCUGUGACUCCCAACGCUGCCGGAUCCUGCAGGCCUUCGAUGACUUCAUCUUUGCCUUCUUUGCUGUGGAAAUGGUGGUGAAGAUGGUCGCCUUGGGUAUCUUUGGGAAGAAAUGUUACCUGGGAGACACUUGGAACCGGCUUGACUUUUUUAUCGUCAUUGCUGGGAUGCUGGAGUACUCGCUGGACCUGCAGAAUGUCAGCUUCUCCGCAGUCAGGACAGUCCGUGUGCUGCGACCGCUCAGGGCCAUUAACCGGGUGCCCAGCAUGCGCAUUCUCGUCACAUUACUGCUGGAUACCUUGCCUAUGCUGGGCAAUGUCCUGCUGCUCUGUUUCUUCGUCUUUUUCAUCUUUGGCAUCGUUGGUGUUCAGCUGUGGGCAGGGCUGCUUCGAAACCGAUGCUUCCUCCCUGAGAAUUUCAGCCUCCCGCUGAGUGUGGACUUGGAGCCUUACUACCAGACAGAGAAUGAGGAUGAGAGCCCCUUCAUCUGCUCUCAGCCUCGGGAGAAUGGCAUGCGAUCCUGCAGGAGCGUGCCCACGCUGCGUGGGGAAGGCGGUGGUGGUCCACCCUGCGGUCUGGACUAUGAAGCCUAUAACAGUUCCAGCAAUACCACCUGUGUCAACUGGAACCAAUACUAUACCAACUGCUCUGCAGGCGAGCACAACCCCUUCAAAGGCGCCAUCAACUUUGACAACAUUGGCUAUGCCUGGAUCGCCAUCUUCCAGGUCAUCACACUGGAGGGCUGGGUCGACAUCAUGUACUUUGUGAUGGAUGCUCAUUCCUUCUACAACUUCAUCUACUUCAUUCUUCUCAUCAUCGUGGGCUCCUUCUUCAUGAUCAACCUGUGCCUGGUGGUGAUCGCCACGCAGUUCUCUGAGACCAAGCAACGGGAGAGUCAGCUGAUGCGGGAGCAGCGUGUACGAUUCCUGUCCAAUGCUAGCACCCUGGCAAGCUUCUCUGAGCCAGGCAGCUGCUAUGAGGAGCUUCUCAAGUACCUGGUGUACAUCCUCCGCAAAGCAGCCCGCAGGCUGGCCCAGGUCUCUAGGGCUGUAGGCGUGCGGGCUGGGUUGCUCAGCAGCCCGGUGGCCCGUGGUGGGCAGGAGCCCCAGCCCAGUGGCAGCUGCUCUCGUUCACACCGUCGUCUGUCUGUCCACCACCUGGUCCACCACCAUCACCACCACCAUCACCACUACCACCUGGGUAAUGGGACGCUCAGAGUUCCCCGGGCCAGCCCAGAGAUCCAGGACAGGGAUGCCAAUGGGUCCCGCUGGCUCAUGCUGCCACCACCCUCUACCCCCACUCCCUCUGGGGGCCCUCCGAGGGGUGCGGAGUCUGUACACAGCUUCUACCAUGCUGACUGCCACUUGGAGCCAGUCCGUUGCCAGGCGCCCCCUCCCAGGUCCCCAUCGGAGGCAUCUGGCAGGACUGUGGGUAGUGGGAAGGUAUACCCCACUGUGCAUACCAGCCCUCCACCAGAGAUGCUGAAGGAUAAGGCACUAGUGGAGGUGGCCCCCAGCCCUGGGCCCCCCACCCUCACCAGCUUCAACAUCCCACCUGGGCCCUUCAGCUCCAUGCACAAGCUCCUGGAGACACAGAGUACGGGAGCCUGCCAUAGCUCCUGCAAAAUCUCCAGCCCUUGCUCCAAGGCAGACAGUGGAGCCUGUGGGCCGGACAGUUGUCCCUACUGUGCCCGGACAGGAGCAGGGGAGCCAGAGUCCGCUGACCAUGAAAUGCCUGACUCAGACAGUGAGGCUGUGUAUGAGUUCACACAGGACGCUCAGCACAGCGACCUCCGGGAUCCCCACAGACGGCGACGGCGGAGCCUGGGCCCAGAUGCAGAGCCUAGUUCUGUGCUGGCCUUCUGGAGGCUGAUCUGUGACACAUUCCGGAAGAUCGUAGAUAGCAAAUACUUUGGCCGGGGAAUCAUGAUCGCUAUCCUGGUCAAUACCCUCAGCAUGGGCAUCGAGUACCACGAGCAGCCUGAGGAGCUCACCAACGCCCUGGAAAUCAGCAACAUCGUCUUCACCAGUCUCUUUGCCUUGGAGAUGCUGCUGAAGCUGCUCGUCUAUGGUCCCUUCGGCUACAUUAAGAAUCCCUACAACAUCUUUGAUGGCGUCAUUGUGGUCAUCAGCGUGUGGGAGAUUGUGGGCCAGCAGGGAGGUGGCCUGUCGGUGCUGCGGACCUUCCGCCUGAUGCGGGUGCUGAAGCUAGUUCGCUUCCUGCCGGCACUGCAGCGGCAGCUCGUGGUGCUCAUGAAGACCAUGGACAAUGUGGCCACCUUCUGCAUGCUGCUCAUGCUCUUCAUCUUCAUCUUCAGCAUCCUGGGCAUGCACCUCUUCGGUUGCAAGUUCGCAUCUGAACGGGAUGGGGACACGUUGCCAGACCGGAAGAAUUUUGACUCCCUGCUCUGGGCCAUUGUCACUGUCUUUCAGAUUCUGACUCAGGAAGACUGGAAUAAAGUCCUCUACAAUGGCAUGGCCUCCACAUCAUCUUGGGCUGCUCUUUACUUCAUUGCCCUCAUGACUUUUGGCAACUACGUGCUCUUUAACCUGCUUGUCGCCAUUCUCGUGGAGGGUUUCCAGGCAGAGGAAAUCGGCAAACGGGAAGAUACGAGUGGACAGUUAAGCUGUAUUCAGCUGCCUGUCAACUCCCAGGGGGGAGAUGCCACCAAGUCUGAGUCAGAGCCUGAUUUCUUUUCGCCCAGUGUGGAUGGUGAUGGGGACAGGAAGAAGCGCUUAGCCUUGGUGGCCUUGGGAGAACACGCAGAACUACGAAAGAGCCUUUUGCCGCCUCUCAUCAUCCACACAGCUGCUACACCGAUGUCACUGCCCAAGAGCUCCAGCACAGGUGUGGGGGAAGCACUGGGCUCUGGCUCUCGCCGCACCAGUAGCAGUGGAUCCGCUGAGCCUGGAGCUGCCCAUCAUGAGAUGAAAUCACCGCCAAGUGCCCGAAGCUCCCCGCACAGUCCCUGGAGCGCAGCAAGCAGCUGGACCAGCAGGCGCUCCAGCCGGAACAGCCUGGGCCGGGCCCCCAGCCUGAAGCGUAGGAGCCCAAGCGGGGAGCGGAGGUCCCUGCUGUCUGGAGAGGGUCAGGAGAGCCAAGAUGAGGAAGAGAGUUCGGAAGAGGACCGGGCUAGCCCAGCAGGCAGUGAUCAUCGCCACAGGGGUUCCUUGGAACGUGAGGCCAAGAGUUCCUUUGACCUGCCUGACACCCUGCAGGUGCCCGGGCUGCAUCGCACAGCCAGCGGUCGGAGCUCUGCCUCUGAACACCAAGACUGUAAUGGCAAGUCGGCUUCAGGGCGUUUGGCCCGCACCCUGCGGACUGAUGACCCCCCACUGGAUGGGGAUGAUGGCGAUGAUGAGGGCAACCUGAGCAAAGGGGAGCGCUUACGAGCCUGGGUCCGAGCCCGGCUCCCUGCCUGUUGCCGAGAGCGAGAUUCCUGGUCUGCCUAUAUCUUCCCUCCCCAAUCAAGGUUUCGUCUCCUGUGUCACCGGAUCAUCACCCACAAGAUGUUUGACCAUGUGGUCCUCGUCAUCAUCUUCCUCAACUGUAUCACCAUCGCCAUGGAGCGCCCCAAAAUUGACCCCCACAGCGCUGUGGUGGCGCUGGGCUGGUGCUUUGGGGAGCAGGCCUACCUGCGCAGCAGCUGGAACGUGCUGGACGGCUUGCUGGUGCUCAUCUCCGUCAUCGACAUCCUGGUAUCCAUGGUCUCUGACAGCGGCACCAAGAUUCUCGGCAUGCUGAGGGUGCUGCGGCUGCUGCGGACCCUACGUCCACUCAGGGUCAUCAGCCGGGCCCAGGGGCUGAAGCUGGUGGUAGAGACUCUGAUGUCAUCCCUCAAACCCAUUGGCAACAUUGUGGUCAUCUGCUGUGCCUUCUUCAUCAUUUUUGGAAUUCUUGGGGUGCAGCUCUUCAAAGGGAAGUUCUUCGUGUGUCAGGGUGAGGACACCAGGAACAUCACUAACAAGUCCGACUGUGCUGAGGCCAGUUACCGGUGGGUCCGGCACAAGUACAACUUUGACAACCUGGGCCAGGCUCUGAUGUCACUGUUUGUGCUGGCCUCUAAGGAUGGUUGGGUUGACAUCAUGUAUGAUGGACUGGAUGCUGUGGGCGUGGACCAGCAGCCCAUCAUGAACCACAACCCUUGGAUGCUGCUCUACUUCAUCUCCUUCCUCCUCAUCGUGGCCUUCUUCGUCCUGAACAUGUUUGUGGGCGUGGUGGUGGAGAACUUCCAUAAGUGCAGGCAACACCAGGAGGAGGAGGAGGCGCGGCGGCGGGAGGAGAAGCGACUAAAGAGGCUGGAGAAAAAGAGAAGGAAUCUAAUGUUGGACGAUGUAAUUGCUUCCGGCAGCUCAGCCAGCGCUGCGUCAGAAGCCCAGUGCAAGCCCUACUACUCUGACUACUCGCGCUUCCGGCUCCUCGUCCACCACCUGUGUACCAGCCACUACCUGGACCUCUUCAUUACUGGUGUCAUCGGGCUGAAUGUGGUCACGAUGGCCAUGGAACAUUACCAGCAGCCCCAGAUCCUGGACGAGGCUCUGAAGAUCUGCAACUACAUCUUUACCGUCAUCUUUGUCUUGGAGUCAGUAUUCAAACUUGUGGCCUUCGGCUUCCGCCGGUUCUUCCAGGACAGGUGGAACCAGCUGGACCUGGCUAUUGUGCUUCUGUCCAUCAUGGGCAUCACACUGGAAGAGAUUGAGGUCAAUGCUUCACUGCCCAUCAACCCCACCAUCAUCCGUAUCAUGAGGGUGCUCCGCAUUGCUCGAGUUCUGAAGCUGUUGAAGAUGGCUGUGGGCAUGCGGGCACUGCUGGACACGGUGAUGCAGGCCCUGCCCCAGGUGGGGAACCUGGGACUUCUCUUCAUGCUAUUAUUUUUCAUCUUUGCAGCUCUGGGCGUGGAGCUCUUUGGAGACCUGGAGUGUGAUGAGACACACCCUUGUGAGGGCUUGGGCCGGCAUGCCACCUUUAGGAACUUUGGUAUGGCCUUUCUGACCCUCUUCCGAGUCUCCACUGGUGACAACUGGAAUGGUAUUAUGAAGGACACCCUCCGGGACUGUGACCAGGAGUCCACCUGCUACAACACCGUCAUCUCACCCAUCUACUUCGUGUCCUUCGUGCUGACGGCCCAGUUUGUGCUGGUCAACGUGGUCAUAGCCGUGCUGAUGAAGCACCUGGAAGAGAGCAACAAAGAGGCCAAGGAGGAGGCGGAGCUGGAGGCGGAGCUGGAGCUAGAGAUGAAGACACUCAGCCCACAGCCCCACUCCCCACUGGGCAGCCCCUUCCUCUGGCCUGGGGUGGAAGGUGUCAAUAGCCCUGACAGCCCUAAGCCUGGGGCUCCACACACCAUGGCCCACAUUGGAGCAGCCUCUUCAGGCUUCUCCCUUGAGCACCCCACGGACAGACAGCUGUUUGACACCAUCUCCCUGCUGAUCCAGGGCUCCCUGGAGGGGGAGCUGAAGCUGAUGGACGAGCUGGCAGGCCCAGGGGGCCAGCCCUCUGCCUUCCCUUCCGCCCCCAGCCCGGGCGACUCCGACCCACAGAUCCCUCUAGCUGAGAUGGAGGCUCUGUCUCUGACGUCAGAGAUUGUGUCUGAACCGUCCUGCUCUCUAGCUCUGACGGAUGACUCUUUGCCUGAUGACACUCACACACUCUUACUUAGUGCCCUGGAGAGCAAUAUGGUACCUCACACUGAGGAGGGGCCAGUCCCGCUAGGACCAGACCUGCUGACUGUGAGGAAGUCUGGUGUCAGCCGGACACACUCUCUGCCCAAUGACAGCUACAUGUGCCGCAAUGGGAGCACUGCCGAGAGAUCCCUAGGACACAGGGGCUGGGGGCUCCCCAAAGCCCAGUCAGGCUCCAUCUUGUCUGUUCACUCCCAACCAGCAGACACCAGCUGCAUCCUACAGCUUCCCAAAGAUGCAUACUAUCUGCUCCAGCCUCAUGGGGCUCCCACCUGGGGCGCCAUCCCUAAACUACCCCCACCUGGCCGCUCCCCUCUGGCUCAGAGGCCUCUCAGGCGCCAGGCAGCAAUAAGGACUGACUCCCUGGACGUGCAGGGCCUGGGUAGCCGGGAAGACCUGUUGUCAGAGGUGAGUGGGCCCUCCUGCCCUCUGACCCGCUCCUCAUCCUUCUGGGGCGGGUCGAGCAUCCAGGUGCAGCAGCGCUCCGGCAGCCAGAGCAAAGUCUCCAAGCACAUCCGCCUGCCAGCUCCUUGCCCAGGCCUGGAACCCGGCUGGGCCAAGGACCCUCAAGAGACCAGAAGCAGCUUAGAGCUGGACACGGAGCUGAGCUGGAUUUCAGGAGACCUCCUGCCCAGCAGCCAGGAAGAACCCCUGUCCCCACGGGACUUGAAGAAGUGCUACAGUGUAGAGGCCCAGAGCUGCCGGCGCAGGCCUGGGUCCUGGCUAGACGAACAGAGGAGACACUCCAUCGCUGUCAGCUGCCUGGACAGCGGCUCCCAGCCCCGCCUAUGUCCAAGCCCCUCAAGCCUCGGGGGCCAACCUCUUGGGGGCCCUGGGAGCCGGCCUAAGAAAAAACUCAGCCCACCCAGUAUCUCUAUAGACCCCCCGGAGAGCCAGGGCCCUCGGCCCCCAUGCAGUCCUGGCGUCUGCCUCAGGAGGAGGGCGCCGGCCAGUGACUCGAAGGAUCCCUCGGCCUCCAGCCCCCUUGACAGCACGGCUGCCUCACCCUCCCCAAAGAAAGAUGCGCUGAGUCUCUCUGGUUUGUCUUCUGACCCAACAGACCUGGACCCCUGAGUCCUACCCACUCUCCCCCAUCACCUUUCUCCACUGGGUGCAGAUCCUAGCUCCGCCUCCUGGGCAAGUCCUUCUGAAUAGUCCCAUGUAAGCAGCAAAGGGGCUUAAGUAGCCACGAGGCACCUCGCAUGCCUUCUUCAGUGGCUGAGGGAUGACAAGCAGGAUUUCCGGAGAGUCAGUGUGAAGAGAGCACAGCCCUGGAGCCCCCCGGCCUCCGGGAAGAAGGAGAAGGAGAAGCCCAGUGUGGCCAAGGCUCUCGACACCAGGAGCUGUUGGGAGAAAGCAAUACGUUUGUGCAGAAUC